AUAAAAGGAGAGGGAGUUGAGUGUUUGUUUCAGUGGAGGAAACAAAGGGAAGUUGGUGAGGAAGAAGAGCUUUGGAAUCAGCUUAGCUCAGUUAGAGGACUCUAAACAAAGUCUGGGUUUGAAAUUAAUCAUCGUAGACUAACCACACAAGGGGGAAUCAAGUUGAAGAUGCCUGUCAAUGUUUUCUUCAAAGAUGCAAGGGGUGUUUUCAAGUAUGAUGAAAUUGGUCGGGAGAUACUGGGAAUCGCACUGCCUGCUGCUCUAGCUGUUGCAGCUGAUCCUAUAGCUUCUCUUAUAGACACUGCUUUCGUUGGCCAUAUUGGACCUGUGGAACUUGCUGCAGUUGGAGUAUCCAUUGCUAUAUUCAAUCAAGCUUCGAGGAUUACCAUAUUCCCACUUGUAAGCAUUACUACAUCUUUCGUCGCUGAGGAAGAUACCAUUGGCAAAGCUGCCAAAAAAGCAGCAAAAGUUGACGCAGAGAAGUGCUUGGCUGAUGUUAACUCAGUGAAAGUUUGUGUGCCUGAAGAUCAUGAAAACGAAGAAAAACUUGCAGCCAAACAAGACCAUGCCAACUUGAAUCAUGAGCCAACAAGGAGUAAUAUCAGCAUAGGAAAAGAUGGAGUAAAAGAAAACAAAGAAAGCUCUUCAACAGAAAAUGGAACGAAGGAACCGAUUCCAGAUAACGGUGCUCUUCAAGAUCUGAAAAAAGAUUUGAGUACAAAAGUACUUGAGUCUACCUCUGCCAAGUCCAAAAGGAAAGAGAAGAAGCAAAUUGCAUCAGCAUCCACAGCUCUGAUAUUUGGCACAAUUCUGGGUCUAAUGCAAGCAAUAUUCCUUAUUUUUGGAGCCAAAUCUUUGCUGAAUCUAAUGGGAGUAAAAGAUAAUUCACCCAUGUUUGCCCCCGCUCACAAGUACUUAACAUUAAGAUCACUUGGUGCUCCUGCUGUUCUUCUGUCAUUGGCCAUGCAAGGGAUCUUUAGAGGGUUCAAGGAUACAAGGACUCCUCUUUACGUUAUUGUGGCUGGAUAUACCGUAAACAUCAUACUGGACCCCAUUCUCAUCUUCGUGUGCCAUUGGGGGGUCAAAGGUGCAGCUGCUGCUCAUGUUCUUUCUCAGUACUUUAUUGUGACCAUUCUCUUCUGGAGACUGGUGCAAAAAGUCAAUCUCAUGCCUCCAAGUCUUAAAGAUUUGCAAUUUGGUCGAUUUCUUAAAAAUGGAGGUUUGUUGCUGGCAAGAGUUGUAGCAGUUACCUUCUGUGUGACUCUAGCAGCAUCAUUAGCUGCAAGGCUGGGCCCAACACCCAUGGCUGCAUUCCAAACUUGCUUGCAAGUUUGGAUGACAUCCUCUUUAUUGUCUGAUGGUUUAGCAGUAGCUGGACAGGCAAUUCUAGCCAGUGCAUUUGCAGAGAAAGACUAUGAAAAGACAACAGCAACAGCUACCAGAGUUUUGCAGAUGAGCUUUAUUCUUGGUGUUGGCCUCGCUAUUAUCGUCGGAAUCGGAAUGUUCUUCGGAGCAGGAAUCUUUUCAAGAGAUAUUCAUGUGCAGCACCUCAUACAUUUAGCAAUUCCGUUCGUUGCAGCUACACAGCCAAUAAACUCACUGGCGUUUGUUUUCGAUGGAGUGAACUUCGGAGCUUCGGAUUUUGCGUAUUCCGCAUAUUCAUUGGUUUUGGUGGCGAUUGCGAGCGUUGUAUCAUUAUUUCUUCUCUCCAAAAGCAAUGGCUUCAUUGGGAUUUGGAUUGCUUUAACAAUCUAUAUGCUUCUGCGUGCUUUUGUUGGCGUCUGGAGGAUGAGCACCGGGACAGGACCUUGGCGUUACCUGAGGACUCAAAGGCUACCCUAAAGUAGAUCCACUCCAUUCAUUUUGUUACCUUCCCUUCAUACUCACCCUUAUAUAUAAUUAAAGACUCCCACUUUACUUCAAAAUGGUAUUUAUCUUUUUGUUAGUUUCUACUUUGUAUAAUCAUCUUGGUUGGACUUGCAACCUAUAUAUGUAUUUGUACGUUGGUUUUUUCUAUUAAUAAAUAUUUAGUUAUUGCACUACA